AUGACGGAUUACAAAUUUGAAGGAUGGCUGGGAAAGAGUCCCGAGUCCGUUCAGGGCAAGAUGGAGUGGGGUGCCUUUACGCCCAAGAAGUGGACGGAAGACGACGUCGAUAUUAAAGUCACCCACUGUGGUGUUUGCGGUUCUGAUCUUCAUACGUUGAAGUCGGGAUGGGGACCAACGCAGUAUCCCUGCUGUGUUGGCCAUGAAAUCGUUGGCAAAGCUGUUCGAGUAGGCCAGAAUGUCAAACACGUCAAACUGGGUGAUCGUGUUGGUGUUGGUGCCCAAGCCCUGAGUUGCUUGAAGUCUGAUUGCCCCCAAUGUUCGACUGGCAGAGAGAAUUAUUGCCCUGGUAUUAUUCAGACGUAUGCCAUGGACUAUCCUGAUGGAACCGGUACAAGCUUUGGCGGAUACGCCGACUACAAUCGCUCACCGGGACACUUCGUCUUCAAGAUUCCCGAUAACCUUCCGUCCGAGGCGGCUGCUCCUAUGCUAUGCGCUGGAGGCACUGUCUUCUCGCCUUUGAAGCAAAAUGACUGUGGUCCAGGUAAAACAGUCGGUAUUGUUGGCGUUGGUGGCCUCGGUCAUUUCGGUGUUCUAUUUGCAAAGGCUCUUGGGGCUGAUAGAGUCGUUGCAAUUUCGCGCAAAUCUUCCAAGAGGGAUGAGGCUCUAGCUCUUGGAGCUGAUAAGUACAUUGCAACCGAUGAUGACAGUGAUUGGGCUACAAAGAACAGCCGCACCCUUGACCUCAUGAUCAGUACAGUCUCUAGCCCGAAAAUGCCCAUGACUGAAUAUCUUUCACUACUCAAGGUGGGAGGCACUUUUGUUCAAGUUGGAAAUCCUGAUGGAGGCCAGCUACCCGCAAUCAAUGCCUUUACGCUCAUUUUCAACAACAUCAACGUUGGCGGAAGCUGCAUUGCGUCUCCCAAUACAAUUAGAGAAAUGCUUCAGCUGGCUUCUGAAAAGAACAUCAGGCCAAGUAUUGAGACGCGACCUAUUGAGGGUGCCAACAAGACAAUUGUUGAUAUGGAGAAUGGGUUGGCGCGAUACCGCUAUGUUCUUGUUAAUGGGAAGAAUCUAUGA